GCAGGCGAUGCUCUGGGGCGCCGAAUUCAAAAGACGUUGUGCAUUGCAAAUUCUCCUUUUCUUCUCCGUCAAUUCAAAAUCAGCUCUUUAUUUCUGUGACUGGCAGCGCUCUCCAUAUACCAACCAUGUCGAUUUUCGAUUUUGUCAGCUCUUUCACCUCGUCCCUGACGUUCCACGCCGACGACGAGCAGACCGAGACCGCCGUUGCUGUCGUUGAGACCACCGCCGUCGAGGAGGAGGAGGCCACCCCCGAGGUUAUUGUUGCCCAGGACCCCGUAGAGGAGGAGGAGGAGGAGGAGGCUGAAGAGGCUGAGGAGGAGGAGGAAGAGGAAGAGGAGGAUCCCGAGGAUCCCGCUCCUGCUAUCCGUGAGGCUUGCGGUGAGACCCACGCGUGCAAGUCGCUCAAGCACCACCUUGAGGCCUGCGCCCAGCGGGUUGAGGACGGCUCGAGCGAGAGCUGCGCCGAGGAGUUCCUGCACUUCCUCCACUGCGUUGACCAGUGCGCUGUUCCCCAGAUCUUUGCCAAGCUCAAGUAAACGACAGGACCUCAACUCUACAGCCAAACAU